AUGGACAUUGUAAAUGGGGGAGACACCUUCAAAAUGCUGAACCUGAAGGAAGGAAACAAUAUUCAGUACGACAAAGUGCACAGUUUCGCUGGAAUAAGCAACACCGAUGGUACAAGUAUACAUAAGUGUGCCCCUUCUAAUGAUGAAGAAACGUUCAAAGAUGAGGAGUUCACUCUGAAUGAUCGGAAAACCUCCUUACAGGGGGAGGAAGAAUUAGAAGCAAAUGAGGGAAUAACAGCGAAGGAGGAUGUAGAAGCAGAGGCGAUCGACAUAGAUACGGACGUCGAAAAUUGUCCCAACCGAUUUAACCAACAAACUUCGACGUACCAACAAGGGGAAGGAAUCAAAGAUGACUCCAUCCCAUGUAGCUCCAACACCACUGUAAGUCUGAACUCGGUAAAUGACAAGAAAGACGAAAUGAAACGAUUCGAUAGAGACGAAUUAUCUCUAUACAACAUCGAGACAACUUGUCAUCACCCGAAGGUUUAUGAACAAAAUUACGAUAAAGAAAAUUUUAAAAAUGAACCCGAGAAGGGGAAUAACUUUCCUCAAAAUGGGAAUUUCACAAAUGAUUACUACUGCUCUUCCUCCUUUGACGAUGAGAAUAGGAUGCCCGUGAGCAGUGUUGAUAAGUCUCAUCGGGUCUGUUCCGAUGGAGGGUAUAACCCUCUCAGUUGUAGGGAUAUUACCCUAGGGGGGGACGGCGACAGUGGAGAAGCCUACACCGGAGAAGCCCACAGUGGAGAAGUCGACAAAGGAAACGCCGACAGCGGUGACAGCGGUAACGGAGGCAAGCGUGAGAGUGGCGAUGGUCACGGCGAUCAGAUAGGAAAUGUUGACCAGAGUGGAAGUGGAGACCAGGGAGGCGGUGACCAUGGCAAUGGCGAAGACCAAAAUGGGAAGGACGACGAAAGCGGGAAUAAAAACCCGAAGGAGAAUUACAAAAUGUACUUCCACAAGAUAAAGGAACUCAAGUCAAAUCGAUUCAUAAGUGAAUACAAAAACUCAGAAAAGUACAUAAAAAAAAAAAUAUUUAAUUACCUGCGAAAGAAUAACCUCAUCAACCACAUGGAUAUAGAGCAGCUAUUUGUGUACGUAAAAAAUAUAUAUUUUCUGAUCAUAAGAAAUGAGAAGCUUAUGUUCUUCUUUAUUUACAACACGAAGGAUGUGAUGAAUGCAAUAAUUCAUUUUGAGAAGGUGAAUAAUAUUAGCUACAAGAACACGGACUUUCUGUUGUUCCUUCUUUCCAAUGACGUGGAUAUUUAUGAGAAGCUGCUAAGUCAGAUAAACCUCAAGUUCGAGAAGGAAGAACUUAUUUCUAAAUUAAAAAAUUUAAGGAGGAAGGUUAAAAUUUUGAAAUAUGAGGAAGAGAGGAAUUUAUUUGAUGAGUGCAUGCAGCAGUUGCACCUGAUGAAGACAGACAGCAGAUUCAAACGGGUAGCUUACAAAACUGGUAGUUACUGUGGAUCCAAUGCAAGUGGUCCUGAGAAUAGCAAUACUUGCAACGCGGAUAGUACUUCCCUUGCGCGUAGCAUCGACCUGGCUCGUAGUAGUGCCCAAGCAAAUACAGGCGACUAUACAAAUAGCAGUCCAUACACCAAUGACCAUGACAAUGACGACACGAAUAAUGAGUGCAAUAAACUGUUAGAAAUAUCGCUCAAAAAUUUAAUACCCAAAUUAUAUAACUGCAAAGACUUUAAAGGAACAGGCAACAUGAUUCACAACAUUGGCAAAAAUAUCAAAAAGAGCAAUACCGUUAUAGAUAUCUCAGAAAAAAAAAAAAAAAAAAAAAAAAAAAGAUCCGACAUAUUCGAACAUUUCCUAUACCAAAAUGGACUACUCGAAAAUGCCACCAAUGAUGAACGUUCCCCAUGGGAGUGGGAUUUACUCCAACAUGGCUCACACCAGGGGGGGAAUGUAUACAAGCGUCCCCCCCCAGAGUGGUGCCUAUCCGAAUAUGCCCCCUGCGAAUUCUCCCUAUACUAAUGUUCCACCCGCAAACGGUCCUUACGCGAAUAGCAUCACGCCCGCGGGUUUACACUCCAAUGUGCCUCAUCCGAAGGGGGGCUUCUCAAACGUGACCCACCCUAGUGGCGGAUACACACAUAUACCCAAUCAGAGCAGCGCCCACGCGAACCCACAAACCGCUAGUGGUACAUACGUGAAUGUUAACAGCCACCCCAACGGGGCCAACGGCUUCCACGCGAACAACUUUCAAGGCGCCCAAGGUGAGAAUUACGCGCCCAGUUAUGCGGCUAACUAUGCAGCUGGCUACACCCCCAACCAAGGAGCUAAUUGUGCGCCUAAUUUGGGCCCCAAUUAUGAAGGAAUCUACCCCCAGGCAGGCAACAAUAACUACGGGAAGGGGUGCUCCAAUGGCCACCCUAGUGAUCACUCAAACAGCCACUCCAAUGAUAACUCGAAUGAAUAUGGAAGUGAAUGUGCAAACGAUUAUAUGAACGACUAUAUGCACGACUACAUGAAUGAGUACCUAAACGACUACGGCAUGGACGAUCCUACUAGCGGGAACCACCUAGACGACACGAAGGAAGAAAAGAAGAAAACAAUCAGAGGAAUAACCUCCUUUACUCUCUUCGCUAGAGAAAAAAGAAAGGAGCUACUUAACCAGAAAGUCUUCCUAGGCAGUUCCCUAACCGAGCAAACAACAGCAGUUGCCAAAAUUUGGAACAGCCUAAGCGAUGAGAAAAAAAAGGAGUGGGCUGCGAAAGCGUCCAAAAUAAAUGAGGAAAAUUAUUUAUCCCAAAAGAAGAAGAAAAAAAGAAAGUUUACUGCCUUUAGCAUUUUUGCUCGAGAGAAAAGGAAAGAACAUAAGGAGAAAAAUAUCGACAUGGGGUUAACCCUAGCCCAGCAAAAUUCAUAUGUGUCCAAGUUAUGGAAACAGCUAUCCAAUGAGGAAAAAAAUAAAUAUAAAGUUCUCUCAAAUAACGUCAACGCGGAAGUCGCCAAAACGAAUAAAAAUGACAUGAAUUACAUGAGCGGGGAAAAGCUCAGUGGGUUUAAGGGGCGAAUCAAGGCUCUAGACAACAUGAUGAACCAGCAAUUUUCAGGAAACGCCCUGCCGUACCAUAGUGGUGUCAACAACAUGGGUUAUGUCAACGGCAUGGGUUACAUGCAUGGCGUCGGCACGGGAAGAGCACCAAUCGGGGUUGUCCCCCCUGGCCAAAUGAAUGCAGCGUCCCCCCAGAAUGGUCUGAGCAGUACGCCAAACCAAGGGAACCCCCCAAGUGGAAUCAACCUACCCAGCGGCUCGAUCGCACCGAACGAAUCGAACGACGUAAACAACCUGGGAUACAUGGACUACGUUAACUACAUGAACACCGUGUUGAGUCAUGACAACCCCAACUACAUGAACAAGAUAAUGAGUGGAGGGAAUGAGAACUACAUGAGCAUGAUGAAUAGACUGACCAACGAAAUGGCGAAUGGAAUGACACAAGAAUUUACCGGCACGUCACCCAACGGACCACCAACAGGUGACCCUGUGAAGGAGAAAAAAAACGCAAAAAUGAAAAAGAAGAACAAAAAAGAGCAUAUGUACAUCACAGAACAGGGUCAAUUAAUGCAAAAAAAUGAUUCCUACAAAAUGGGGAAAGACGGCUUACCCCAUGAAACAAAUAAUAAUAUGAUUGGCGCUUUCCCUUCGGAGGCCCAUACAGGAGUAAACCCUUACAAUGGGAACAUGCCCAACGUUACCAACAUGGCUCAUGUGACAAAUAGCGGAAGUUACUCACAAAACAAUGUCCCCGUAAAUGGGCCGACGCCAAACAAUGGCAACGCCUCCGUGGACAUGGUUCAUGCGAACAAUUUGCUCAAUUACUACUCCAACCAGGAGAACCCAAAUGUGAACCAAAAUUCUGUGAACAAUGUGGGCAGCUUGACCAGCCCGCCGAACGGGAAGGUACACCCCCCCAUAAGCAUGAAUGGGAGUGGCAAUCCCGCCACCGCAGCGAUGACAAACCCCCCUACCGGUGUUGACAAAAAACAACCCAUGAUAAACGAACAACCAAACAGCAACAUGGGCGUGAUGACCGAUCCAAGCAUGUUCAACAACCCAAAUAAUAACACGGCAAAUAUGAUUAGUAAUGUACCAUAUGGCGGCAUGCCCAUGGGAAAUCCCCUCCCCGGUAACAACAAUGCCCUUAACGGGGUCCCAUUCAAUAAUGUUCCCUUUAACGCAGUUCCCCCCAUGUAUAAUAUCCCCCCAAGCGGGGCUCCCCAAGGUGGAACUGCUAGUGGCCUACCAGGCGGAAACUUUAACCCUGCGGGGGGAAUGGAUAUGGGGAGAGGACCAAACGGAAUGAACAAACAACCCUUCAGUAAUCCCUAUAUGAGCAACGUGGCAGGUGUACAUAUGCACAAUGUUGGUGAGAAUCACCUAAGCCUAAUCCCUGAUCAUCUAAUAGCGGGAAGAAAAACAAAAAGUAAAGACAAAAUGGAAGAAAUGAUGAGGAAAAAAAUGAAAAAAGAUGAGAAGCAAAAAUUGAAAGAAAAAAAAUUAAUGAUGAAAAUGUACGACAAGAAGAGGAAGCAGUUACUCAAGGCAGAAAAACAAAUGGAAAAAAAUAAAAAAAAUAAAAAUAAAAAUGGGGUGAAUGCAUUUGAAGAUGGUAGUGGCGGCAUGUAUUACAACCAUCCAUACCCCCCCAAUUUAAUAGGUACAAACAUUAAUGGAAUUCCUUUCGGUGCUCCCAACGCGCUCAUGAACAAACCCAUGGGUGGUAACUUCAACCCCUACGUAAGCAUGAACCAGGUGGACACCAAAAAUAUGAACAUUAAAAAUGUUACCAUGGCUAGCAUGAUGAGAGAGGGAAACCCUGCCAAUCACGGCGUGGACAACCGGGCCAUCCCCCCCAAUUUUCAACCCGCUAACCACAUGAACAACGCCCUGAGUAGUACCAUGAGGAACAACCAACCCACGCCCUACCCCUUUUCGAAUAAUUACCCGAGUGAUAUUCCCAACAUGGGGAAUUACACGCCAGGUAACCAAAUGAAGGGUUAUGAUGAUGCGUCCAGGGGGGUACAGGACAAGCAAGUAGCAGCCAUCCCGACACAACCCCCCAAUGAGGUGACUACCUAUCAGAAUGUUACCCUGAAUGAGGAGUCGAAGGAGAAAAAUGUAAAUCCAAUGGAUGCAAACUUGGUUGUUGACUCUGCAGGUGGAAAUGUAACCGAUGCGAAAAGCAUUCCCCUUAUGAAUGAGAAAGAAUAUAGGGAAAAUUAUUACAAGGAUGUGGGGGGUACUGAUUUUGCGGCGUAUCAACAGGCGGACAGUAACAAAGGGGCCGAAGUGGACAAGGUGGCAGAUCACAUGGACAAACAGGCCAACCAGGAAAAAUCGUUCUGUGAGCCCAAUGGAAUGAACCCCAUGGUGGGGAAUGUACCAACUGGUCAUGACAGUGCAAACGCCUCCUUCGACAAGCAGUUUUUAGCAAAUGAAAACAACCCAGUGGAACAUAAGGCGGAAACUUACUACAACCAGAAUGAAAAUAGUAAGAGCAAGGAGAACGCAACCUUAUAUGGGGAAGAAUCGCUAAGCGUCAACUACAACCACUUUAAUAGCAGCACCCCGGUGACAGCCCAACAACAGGCCACUUUUAACAAAACUCUGAACGAAGACGUAAACGUGGACCUUAACUACGGUAAUGGCAGUUUUGUGCAAACUGAUGCAUGCAAUGGGGACAACCAGAACAACACCACAGGGUACUUCUACCCACAAGGUAGCGCCAUAAGUGGGGACAAAGAAGAAAGCGAAAAAGUGAAUAACCCUGGAGCGUAUGGGAACCAAGAAAUGGAUGGAGUGGUCGAUGCAAACAACGUGAUGUACUGCCCGGAACAAAUGUUGCCAGAAAAUGGAGUGAACAAAAACCUUGUAUAUUUUGACACGGACCCAAAUGAACUCCCCGAAAUGACAGACGACACGGAGAUGGAGGCCCCCAAGGAGAAGCAAUUCUUUAGCAGCGCCUCGCAUUACUCAGAGCUUAUUAAUAAAAAAGUGAAAAAGAAGAAAACGCUGUGUUCCCCAAAUGAUGCUAAUGAUAACGGGGGCACCAUUUGGGACUUAGUGCAAAAGAAGGGAAGGAAGAAGAUAAAGGUAAACUCCGCCAACCAGGUAGAAGGCGAAUCAGAGAAUGUACCAAUGGAAGAUGGUACAAUGUAUACGAAUAAAAAUGACUUCAGUUUUAUGGAGACCAAUAACGAAUGGAACAGCGGGCGAGUAGGUGUUAAUGUGGAAUGUACGAGUAAGGAAGAAGAGGCUGAUGAUAUUGUCAAUAGUAUUUUUAGAAGUCUAGAAAUGGAGGAAAAUGUUUCCCCCCCCGAGGGAGGCGCAGCAGUGUCCCAGAAUGGAGAUAAUGUAGUAGCCGGUGAGGACACCCUCUUAAACCCUGCAAAUCAAAACCACGCAGAGGAUGCAACCAACUGGGAAAACGAAACCUCCCUGGAACAAAAUAACGAAGACGACAUAAUCAAUCUGAUCGAUGGCCCAGCGCAAAGCUAUUCGAACAAAUUAAACAUCACAGAAAGUGGAGAAGUCAUCUACGAAGAAAAAAAAAAAUACAACUCGAAUAUCAUUAUGAGUGAAAAUUGCAUUCAAAAUAACCGUAUGAACAUGCUAAUGUCGAAAAGGGGAAAAAUUAAUACAAACUUGAAUAGGAGCCAAAUAGAGACCUACAACAAUGCCUAUAAAAAAUCCGCCUUAUUUAAAUGGACAGAUGAAGAAACGGAUAAAUUUUAUCAAGCCAUUGAAAUGUUCGGCGUGGACUUAAUGAUGGUGCGUGCCUUCUUACCCAAAUUUUCCGACAAGCAAAUUAGGGACAAGUAUAAAAAAGAGAGAAGGAAUAACCCCUUGAAGAUUGAGGAGGCCAUAAAGAAGAACAAGGAAAUUGAUCUGGAUGCCUACGAGAAUGAGAAUGGCAGGAUCGAAACAUCGGGGGAUCUCAAUAGCGACGCAUCUUCCAUCAGCGCUGACGAUGAUAACGACGUGAAGAGGAAAGGCAGUGUGACCAGCGAAACGGAUGGAAACGUCCUCACCCUCUUUGAAGGAAAGGAAGAUGUGGACUACGACAUGAAUCAGCACCACGAUAAUCAGGAGGACCCCGAUUUUAACGUUCUGUCUUUGUUCUAA